ACUGUACCUCUUUGUACCCACAAUAUCUUCAAUUGUAGUGAAACUCUUCUCCCCAAACAGCAAGAGUACAGUUACUGUAUCGUAGACGAGGAAUCAUGCGUCGCGUCAUCCGAGGUCCAGUCGAAGUUGUAGGUUAAUCUCCACGUCACUUUCGAACUGGCCGCGAGAUGCUCGAAGCUCUCAGUCGUCGAUUUCUGCGCUGGCAACUGGAUGUGGCUAAAGGGGGUCGCAAAGCGUUCACAUACGCGGUUUUCGCGGUUCUGGUGUUGAUUUCGACGCUUCUGUGGGUCCUCACGCAACGAGACGCGGUAGGGAGCAGUGUUUUGCAUCCAUCGACUCCGUUCCAGGGGCCGCUCAAUGUGAAUGUCAAGUAUGCGACGACUAUGACGAAUAAUGACGAUGUCUUGAAAAGCGAGGAUACUUUCCCCCAAUAUGGGGAGAAUUCUCUGCCAGGACGACACUUUCGACUAGAGAAUACCAAGUUACUGAGUCAGUCCAGCAACAAGAACGCAGACUCGGUGCUGGUUAUGGUAGUGCUCAAAGAUACCGAGUCGUGGGGGGAAGGACGUACAGCUAAGGACUUUUUGGAAUUGUUGGGAACAUUCGACUAUCCUAAGGAGAAAAUGUCCGUGACAGUGUUCACGUCGUCCAUAAGCGAGUUCGAAGUCGUGGAAAAGCACUUUAAACAGCAGAUUGAACGAUAUCCCAGACUCUCAGUGCUGUUUCGAGACGAUUUCGCACUUCCAGCAGUCGUAACGCGAGAAAAUCGCCAUGACAAUUCAGUGCAAGUCAACCGGCGUCGAGUUAUUGCGAGAUACCGCAACUUUGCUCUACUAGCGACUAUGGAACUCUGGCAUCAGCAUGUUGUAUGGCUGGACGCAGAUGUGCAAAAGGUUCCGUCGGGUCUUUUGAAGAAGAUGAUUCGGUCUGGGCUGGAUAUCGUGGAGCCCAUGUGUGUGCGGAUGAAAGCGAACGGCAAAGAUUGGUACGAGUACGAUCUCAACGCGUGGGUGGGGCAGCGUAAAGUGCGACGAUCAGCUCGAGACUCGAAUUUCGUACCCGGAGACUCGAGUGUCAAGCGUAUGAUACAAUUUCAUGGAAUCGAGGAAACAUUUGUACCUCUGGACUCGGUAGGCGGCACAAUGCUGUACGUGAAGGCUGAUGUUCAUCGUCAAGGUGUAGUUUUUCCGGUUCAUCAUUUGAUCGGAAGUGAGUGGACAAGCGAAGGUUAUGACGGUAUAGAAACCGAGGGACUGUGCUACGUCGCGCAUUUCUUGGGGUUCAAGUGCUGGGGGAUGCCCAACGACUUGAUCUACCACAUCUAAACUUCAGCUAAUGCAUCGAAACAAUAGGUGGAGUUAUGUAUUUUGAUAGUUACAGCGAGUUUGGCUUAGCUUACUGCGGC